GUUCCCGUCCACUUUAGUACACCGGUGGUAAUCGUCGGAUACCGUUCAAUUUCGGUUUGGGAGUUCGUAAGACGCGUUUGAGUGUAGUGACUUUACAGUAGAUUUGGCAAUAUUUACGACUGUGGUUACAAUGUGGGCAAAGUACGCAGCGGCCGUUCUUCUGAUAUUCGGAACCUGCAGCGGAGUUCCCCGCGACGGUUUUGGGCCUGGUAAGCAGGAUUGGGGUUUCGUAGAGGUUCGAAACGGAGCCCACAUGUUCUGGUGGUUGUACUAUACAACGGCAGAUGUAGACCAAUUCACCGAUCGUCCACUACUAAUUUGGCUGCAGGGAGGUCCUGGAGCGUCGUCUAUGUAUGGAAAUUUCGAAGAACUUGGCCCAUUGACUUUAGAAGGUGACGAACGGAACCAUACCUGGGUCAGAAACUACAACGUCCUGUUCAUUGACAACCCGGUCGGAACCGGAUUCAGCUACGUUGAAGAUGCAUCACUACUAACCAAAACGAACGCAGAAAUUGCUGAUGAUCUGCUCACCUUCACCAAAGAGUUUUACAAACUUAACCCAGAGUUCAAGGAUACGCCACUGCAUAUUUAUGCCGAGAGUUACGGUGGUAAAAUGGCUCCGGAGUUCGCCUACGUGCUGGAUAAGGCUAUCAAAAAUGGAGAAAUCGAUAUCAAACUGGAAUCGGUCGGUAUCGUGGCACCGUGGGUAUCACCAAUCGAUUCCGUUCUGUCGUGGGCCGAGUUUCUACUGAAUAUGGGAUUUGUAGACACGAAGGGAUACCGCGAGAUUCAAGCGGCGGCUAUUGAAACGGAACAUAUCUUGAACGAGGGUAGAUAUGAGGAAGCGACCUGGCAGUGGGGUCGCACAGAGUCAGUCAUCGUGCAGGAAACACUGGGCAUCGACUUCUACAAUGUUCUCUUCACUCAGGAUUUCACAUCCACUCGAUCGAGGCUGGCAAUGUUUGCGAAGGAUAUGAAAAAGGCAACCUUGGACAGUGCCAUUCGACUCGCUUCUGAAGAUCGCGAUCAAAUGCUGGAGGAUCUGAUGCGAGGUCCUGUCGCAACCGCGCUACAGCUACCCCCGGAAUCGGUAUAUGGGUCACAAUCUGGUAGCGUAUUCCAGAGCAUGAGCGGAGAUUUCAUGAAGCCUGCGAUUCACAUAAUUGAACUUUUGCUUAACAACACAAGUUUAGACGUCAUGGUCAUCACCGGUCAGCUGGACUUGAUAGUCGCUACACCCGGAAAUGUCGUUUGGUUGGAAAAGGUUCAAUGGAAUGGGCGUAACCAAUACCUGCAAGCUCCGAGGAACGGUAUUGGCCCACACGGAAUGCUCGAGGGAUAUAAGAAAAGUUUUGGUAAAUUGCACAUGUACUGGGCCCUACGUGCCGGACACAUGGUCCCAGCGGAUAAUCCAGUGCUGAUGGAUUACAUUCUUCAAGAGCAUGCAGGUUUCCCCUAAACUCAUACCUCUUCUAUAGAUAAUAAAUCCAUGAAAACAUUA